CUGGAAGUGGUAUGGGCACGUUGUUCAUUCUUGGAAGCGCAUAGGUCGUAUUUGUAAAAAUUCUUAAAUCAGAGAGAAACUAUAUAAAUAAAAAAGGCAAUUUGAGUAAAUGAGCGGAAGAUUUUGAGUCUUUAUUGGGUCUCCCCAUUAAUCAAACCUUCUCACCCUUUGGCUGCUAUACCAGUUGUGCAGGAGCUUAAUGAUCAAGAACUUCGAUAGAAAUGAAUCAACUCUCAAAUGCCUUUUCAUUGCUGAAUUUGGAUGUUGCAGAUAACCAGGAUGAGACCCAAAUUGAGAUUACUAAUGGGGAUACUGACAGAGUAAAAGGAAAAGGUAAAGAGAAUGGGACAGAUGGCAGCCCAGGAGAGAUGAAAGUGCUUGAACAUGAAAAAGGGGAUCAGAAGCUAGAAUCAGUUGGUGGAGAGUGCAAAUUGCCGCUUGUAUGGAUUGAUCUUGAGAUGACCGGUUUGAAUAUUGAAGUUGAUAGGAUAUUGGAGAUUGCUUGUAUAGUUACAAAUGGAAAUUUGACGAAAUCAAUUGAGGGUCCUGAUUUGGUUAUACAUCAAGCUAAGGAGUGUCUAGACAAUAUGGAUGAAUGGUGUCAAGAGCAUCAUGCAGCGAGUGGUUUGACUGAGAAGGUGCUUAAGAGUACAGUCACUGAAGAAGAAGCUGAAAAACAGGUUAUUGAAUUUGUCAAGAGAAAUGUUGGCACAUAUACACCAUUACUAGCAGGAAAUUCAGUCUACGUGGAUUUUCAAUUUUUUAAGAAAUACAUGCCGAAUCUGGCUAGUCUUUUUUCACAUGUGCUUGUUGAUGUUAGCAGUGUGAAGGCAUUGUGUGUUCGUUGGUAUCCAAGAGAUAAAAAAAAGGCUCCUAAAAAGGAAAGCAAGCACAGAGCUAUGGAUGACAUCAAGGAGAGCAUAGCAGAACUCAAAUACUACAAGGAACACAUAUUCAAAGCAUCCAAGUCCAAUAUGUGAUGGUGAACAAAAUUUCCCAUUUCUUUGUUACGGGUUCUUUUAUGUGAAGUAUAUAAGCAAAUUUUGCUUAACAGAAAACAUUUUGUUAGUAUUUCAGCAAGUAACCAACUCAGUAAGCUAAUAUAAUCUUUUGUGGCCUGUGGGAAAGUGGAUGCGUGCUCGUAUG